GUGCGGCUGAGUGCGAUCUGUACUGAACUCCUGCUGCUACUUUGCCAUGCACUGCUCGUUAGCGCGACUGUUUCACCUAUGCCUCAAGCCCACACCCAGCAAGAGCAUUUCUACCGCAAACUCACUGAUUCAGCUCUGCGGCAGAACGUACUCAGGAGCACGAUGGACAAGUCACUACUAGGCUGCUGCCGCGAAUGCAACAAGCAGUCGCUGAUUGUUGCCGGCGGGUCAACGUGAAUUCAGAGACAGGAGCCUGUGAGCUGACCGCUAGCCAGCUGGGCGAGACUCCCGUACCGGACCCAGGCUUCGAAUUCUGGCAGCGAGGCUUUACUAGCGACAGCUUCGCUAAUGAUUGCGCCGAGAUCAGAACCGAUAGCAGACAUACGACGCCAUCUAGCGGCGUUUACCUCAUCGAACCAGGCGAAGGCGCCAUCGUAGCCGUCUACUGCGACAUGAUCACUGACGGAGGUGGCUGGACGGUGUUUCAGAGGCGAUCAGAUGGCUCUGUUGAUUUUUACGAUCGUACAUGGGACGACUACGCAGCUGGAUUCGGUCACCCUUCAUCCGAAUACUGGCUAGGUAACGCCAUGAUGCACCUGCUCACGAGCCCAGCCGUGGAACUGCGAGUCGAUAUGCAGGACUUUGAAGGAGAAAGUCGCUUUGCGCUUUACUCGACCUUCAGUGUUGGCAACGCGGAGUCCCAGUACGAGCUCACGGUGACCGGCUACAACGGCACCGCAGGGGACUCGUUGACGCAGCACAACAACAUGAAAUUUUCGACACCUGAACGCGACAACGACGUGCAUAGCAGCGAGCAUUGUGCACAGGAUUACAAAGCAGGCUGGUGGUAUCACAAGUGUCACAAUUCCAAUUUGAAUGGAUUGUAUUUGCAUGGCCCGUACGAAACAAGUAGCGGAAAAUCCGAAGGUAUUGACUGGUAUGCCUGGCAUGCAUGGAUGUACUCCCUUCAGAGUACGGAAAUGAAAUUUCGACCACGCGGAUUUUCUGUUAUUGGGAACUAAAAAUCCAUUAUAAUUUCCGCGUUAUUUAGGUUGUGCUCGUAUAACUAUAAUGAGUUUAGGGAAUCUCAUAAUUGUGUUGCCAUCUCGUACCACCAUCUAAUUUAUUCCGA